AUGGGUUCCUGCGCAAGAGGCCCUGGCUAUGCUUCUCCAGCUGAAGCUCAAAGAGGACCUCGUGAACAAUAUUUGUUCGUAACUGCGCCCAAUUGUAACGAUGGUCCUGAUGCCAUUUUUUGUAUCGAUGUCAAUCCAGAAAGUUCGAAUUAUCUAAAAGUUGCUAGUCGAAUUGAUCUACCAUAUAAACAAGACGAAGUUCACCAUACCGGCUGGAAUGCUUGCUCCUCUUGUCACGACAAGCCAUGCGAAAAACGAUCGCAUCUGAUAGUGCCAUGCCUCAAUUCGGACCGAAUUUAUAUUAUCAACACAUUGGACCCAACUAAUAUUUAUUUGGAUAAAAUAAUCGAGCCUGAGGACCUUCAUCGUUUCAAUGUCUCAUUUCCGCAUACAUCACAUUGUCUUGCUGAUGGUAACAUUAUGAUAAGUACACUGGGAACAAGAGAUGGAUCAGCUUCCGGAAGUUUCAUUUUACUGAAUGGAAAAACAUUUUUGCCUUCACAAUUAUGGCCAGCCGAUGAUAAAACCGUUGCAUUCAAUUAUGAUUUCUGGUAUCAACCUCGCCGGAACAUCAUGAUUUCGACCGAAUGGGGCUCGCCGAAGGAUAUUAAACAUGGAUUCAAUCCGGCUCAUGUUACUAACAAUCAGCCGCCUCUCUAUGGUCACAGCAUUCACAUUUUCGAUUGGGACACUCAUUCUCAUCGUCAGACCAUCGAUCUUCCAUUACCUGCGGGAGCUUUGCCUCUUGAAGUGCGAUUUAAACAUGAGCCCAGCUCGGAAGAUGCGUUUGUUGGCACCGCUUUCGGAUCAGCCAUUUUCAGAGUUCAUCCAGAUCCACAAAAUCCUGAUCGUCAAGUGGCUGACCUUGUUGCUCAAGUUCCAGCUAAGAAAGUUUUCAAUUGGGCUCUUCCUGAAAUGCCGGCGUUGAUUACCGACAUACUGAUUAGCAUGGAUGAUCGCUUUUUGUAUGCAUCGUGUUGGCUUCACGGCGAAAUUCGUCAAUAUGACAUCAGUGAUCCGUCGAACGUCGUUCUCAAUGAUGUCAUUCAAAUCGGAGGUUCAUUCCACGCCGAAACUGAUAUUACUGUAGAAAAUGAAGAAGCUAAGCCUGCAACCUAUGUGAAGGACCGUCGAAUCGAAGGUGGCCCCCAAAUGCUUCAGGCAUCCUUAGAUGGUCGCCGAUUGUACGUGACAACCUCGUUGUAUAAAAAAUGGGAUGAACAAUUCUAUCCAAACUUAUUAACAAAGGGCGCAACGAUGCUUCUCGUGGAUAUUUGCCCAAAAUCGGGUAAAAUGACUCUAAAUAAUAAGUUUUUAGUGGAUUUCGGAGAUAUUGAAGGCGGACCUUAUUUGGCACACGAAAUGCGUUAUCCCGGCGGAGAUUGCACAUCGGAUAUCUGGAUUUGA